CCAACAAUGUUAAAACGAUAAAAACCAACACUUACGUGAUAAAACCACGAAGAAAACAAUAAAUCCAACAGUAUUAAGUGGAGUUUGCGUUCAGUGGGUUAAGAGGUCAAUAAUUAACAUAAAAAAAGAAACUCAUUACAAUAUCCAUAAGUAUUAGUACAAUCCAAGAUGAAAAUCGUGACGUGUAUAGCCCCUGUGAACAUAGCGGUGAUGAAAUAUUGGGGUAAAAGGGACGAAGACCUAAUUCUCCCAAUCAACGAUUCUCUGAGUGCCACAUUGAAUACAAACUUCAUGUGCGCCAAAACGACGAUUUUGGCGAGCCCUGAUUUAAAGGAGAACAAAUUUUGGUUGAAUGGCAAAGAAGAGUCGUUUGAGGGCAAAAGAUUGCAGAAUUGUUUGAGGGAAGUGCAACGUAGAGCAAAAGACAUGAACCCUGAUGUGUUGGGGUGGAAGAUUGCUAUUUGUUCGGAGAAUAAUUUUCCCACAGCUGCAGGAUUGGCAUCAUCAGCAGCUGGAUAUGCAUGUUUAGUUUCAGCCUUGGCUAAAUUGUAUAACAUUGAGGGGGAAAUUUCUGAUAUUGCAAGAUUGGGGUCCGGUAGUGCCUGUAGGAGUAUAUAUGGUGGAUGGGUUAGAUGGCAUAAAGGAGAGCUUAGUUGUGGUGAAGACUCCGUAGCACGGCAGGUGGUGCCAUCUAGCCACUGGCCGGAAAUGCGCGUACUAAUCUUGGUGGUAAACGAUAAAAAAAAGAAAGACAGUUCUACUUCCGGCAUGCAACGCAGCGUAGAUACGUCCGAUUUGCUCUUAUACAGAUCGGACAAAAUUGUACCUAAAAGAAUGGAAGAAAUGAUUACUUCGAUUAAAAACAAAGAUUUUCAUAAUUUCGCCAAGUUGACGAUGCAAGAUUCCAAUCAAUUUCACGCGACCUGUUUGGACACGUACCCGCCCUGCGUGUAUAUGAAUGACGUUUCUCACAGCAUUUCAGGUUUGGUGCACAAGUACAACGAGUUGUUCGAUGAGAACCGGGUUGCCUAUACUUUUGAUGCCGGCCCUAAUGCUUGCUUGUACAUUUUGGAGAAAGAUGUCGAGGAAUUUUUGUCCGUUGUUAAUUAUGUGUUUCCCCCGCCAGAGGUGGAUCAAGUGGAAUAUUUGACGGGCAUGCCACUUGAGAAUAGGAAAAUUAAAAAUGAUCUUAUAAAUUCCCUGAAUUUAACUCGGAAUGAACCAGGACUUUUAAAAUACAUAAUCCAUACAAAUGUAGGGGAAGGCCCCACCAGCACUGACGACCAUUUGCUGUCACUUAAUGGAAUUCCAUUAAAAUAAUAAUUUUGUUUUUAUGAAAUAUUUUUAAUUAUGUGUGGUUGUAUUGUAACGAAUAUAUAUAUAUUUAUAUACAUUU